AUCUCUUCUUUGGCAUACGCUUCCCACAAAAACAUUCCGGGCAUAGCCCAUUAACCAAUAUGGCGCGACAAGAUUUCAAACUCGUCAAUGUCGAUAAGUGGAUGAACCUUGAAAGGGGUGCAUCAAUGGCCGGAGAAUUGAAUUACAAUGGAGAACCUGAAGCACUUAUAUCUCUCCUAACCAUCCCUGACUUGGUCGAUACUCUAGCAUCUGAAUCCCAACUUAUACGAACACGAAAGCAUAAUAUUACGAGCCAGUUAGUGAGGCUUCCCCAAGAGGUCCUUGACGCUAUCACUGCCGAGCUACGCGACCCAAUUUCACUCCUAAGCUUAGCUAUUACUUGUUCUUAUCUUUGGCGGGUUCUUCUCCCGCGUGUUAGAAAAGCGAUAACCACUAUCAAAGCACCAUGGGCCGGCGACCGUCUAGUCUUUGUUGGAUCCUCUGCCGAAGGAGUUCCCAAAGGCUGCGAAGACUACGAAGAAGCUCGGCUCGGGGAGUUUCAUGAGAAUUCUGACCUGCCGGAAUACCCCGACAAUAAUCCCCUGUACUGCGAUAUUACGGCGAUAGUACAGAGACCACUACCCAUGGAGAAACAAUUCGAGGACUGCCCUGAUACGCAACUUCUCAUGCGUUUGUAUCAAACACUUCGACGAUACCCCGAAUCUAAGCUACCCGGAGUCUUACGGAACUUGACGAAGCGACAAUAUGUCCUCGACACAAAGGUUGCACAAGAUUGCUGGCCAUGCAAUCUAGGUCAAUUCGUUAUUUGCCUAACAGAAUGGGAAACUAAUGGUUGUGAUGCCAUCGGAACCGGAGAUUGGGCAGGUGACCGCAUCGACAUUCGCAGCACCGACAACAUUUCGGAAGGGUGGACCGAUAUAAGUGAGAAAAUAGUCGCACAUAUGGCUGAUAAUUAUCUCUUCUCGGAAGACGAAGAUUAUUAUAUUGAUAAUCCCGAUAUGAGGACAUGGGUUGAGUGA